GGCGAGUCACGCGCGGCGGAGUUUCGGCCGUUGGUCUUCGUUGCGUUUCUCUCGCUGUUGGUGACGGUUUGGUCCGUUUCAUGUCGUUUUCUAAAGCCAAACUUCUCUUAGAUUAACACACUUCACCGAAGAAUGAGCGACAACGAUGACAUCGAGGUCGACAGUGACGCAGACAAACGGGCACACCACAAUGCGCUGGAACGCAAACGUAGGGACCACAUCAAAGACAGCUUUCACAGCCUUCGGGAUUCCGUGCCUACUUUGCAAGGGGAAAAGCAAUCUAUCAAACAGGCUUCUCGAGCUCAAAUCCUAGACAAAGCCACAGAGUACAUCCAGUACAUGCGACGGAAAAAUCACACACACCAGCAGGACAUUGACGACCUGAAGAGGCAGAACGCUCUGCUGGAGCAGCAAGUUCGUGCGCUGGAGAAGGUCAAGGGGACCACACAGCUACAGGCCAACUACUCCUCAGAUAGCAGUCUGUACACCAAUCCCAAGGGCAGUGCAGUGUCAGCCUUUGACGGAGGCUCUGACUCCAGCUCAGAGUCCGAUCCGGAGGAGCCACCCACUCGGAAGAAGCUUCGUGUGGAGGCCAGCUAAGAGCACUUCCUCCUCAGGCUCUUCCAGGAUCUCCUAGUCUGGAGGGUCACUGCAGUGCCCUGUGCAGUGAUUUUUAACCUUCCUCCACCUCCUCUGCUCCCUCCUCCUCCUCAGUGUGCACCGACCAGAGCCUCCACAACCUCCAGUUUCAUGUCGGCAGAACCUUCUCCGGUGCUGGGCCAGGCCAAAGGAGAGAAGACCACUAGGGUAGGAGGACUCACGUCAGAAAGGCAGCAUAAAGCUCAUGUCUUUCUCUACCUAGUCCUCUCUCCUUCCUCAACUCUCUCUGCCUGUCUUAUAUCCUGGCACCCACAUCUUGGCAGCAACAAACAACCCAAAACCAAAAUGAGGCAGCUUUGUGAUACAAGGACUCAAUGCUUUUUCUGUACCCCCUUCAGUAGGUACCUAAAGGGGCUCAUGAGGCAUACCGCUCUAAGCACUGCUAAAAAUGUUUUUUUUGUUAUCCUCUUAUUGUUGAAUAUGUUAAAGAUCCUGUUUAGUACUUAUAUGCACCCUAGAAUAAUUGUUCCAAGGGAGUGGUUAACCUUUUUAAUUGUUUGUACUUUUCCAUAAAUGAACGUGAACCUGCAUCAAAGCAGUUAAUAUUAAGUAGCCUCUCCACAAUGGAAUCAAAUAGCUGACAAGUUUGGUUUAAACAUGAGAAAAUCCCCAGACGUGUGGUGUUCUUUUUGCUUGAUCUAGAGUUUAACUGGCUGAAAAAAAGGUUUUAUAAAGGAAUGCAUUUAUUUUGCAUUUGUCAUUCCAUCGCAAAAAUAAUGUACUGCAAUUUGUAUGUUUCUUGCAAUUUUUGGGAACAGUUGGUCAAUGUUUUCCCCCUGUUAUGGCACAUUUAUAGAAUGUCAACAAAUGAGCUUCUUUUACAGUGUGAUUAAAAAAAACCUUAUAAAUCCCAGGGUCAUAUUUAAGUGCUGAUUGAAAUUUAACUUAAGCCCUACCCUUCCCCGUCCUCCAAAUUUUUGCGCGUCUAGGAGAUGUAAGUAUAUGUUUAUCACAGAUUUUCCUUAGUACAUAGUACAUACUAAAUAGGUCUUGGAUUCCAUUUCAUGGAACUUACCGGUAUGUCGUACAUACUGCCAACAAUUGUCUUGCAAGUUGAGGCCUACCUUUACUAUGAGACUAUAAAUAAAACUAUUUUAUCCUUUA